AUGUCUUUCCAAUACGACCCGAACCAACAAGGCCAGUUCCAGGAAAAUAAUGGAAAUGGUAUGAACCAACAACAAGGUCAGCCUCAGGGUAUGGCCCCUCAACAACCCAUGCAACAACAACCUGGCCAAGAAGGCGGUUCUCCGGCUCCUUUUGCUCAGCAAGGUGGUGUUGAGGGCGCUGGUGGUAGUGUCUCUGGUGACGCAAAGACCACGCUUUGGAUGGGUGAACUUGAACCAUGGAUCGAUGAGAACUUCAUUCGUUCUGUCUGGUUUGGUAUGGGCGAGUCUGUCAACGUAAAGAUGAUCCGCGAUAAGUUCUCUGGUAAUGCCGGUUACUGUUUCAUCGACUUCUCAUCUCCAGCUGCUGCCGCGAAGGCUCUAUCACUUAACGGCUCCAUGAUUCCCAAUACCUCGCGCCCUUUCAAGCUCAACUGGGCAUCUGGUGGGGGUCUCGCUGAUAGACGUGACGAUCGCGGUCCUGAGUUCUCUAUCUUCGUUGGUGAUCUUGGCCCUGAGGUCAAUGAAUAUGUCUUGGUAUCUCUCUUCCAAGCACGUUUCCCGUCAUGCAAGUCCGCAAAGAUUAUGACCGAUCCAAUCUCCGGCAUGUCUCGUGGCUACGGAUUCGUUCGCUUUGCCGAUGAGGGUGACCAACAACGCGCAUUGACAGAGAUGCAAGGCGUCUACUGCGGAAACCGUCCCAUGAGAAUCUCCACUGCUACUCCCAAGAACAAGUCUGGUGGUGGUCCUGCCGGUAUGCCUAUGCAAGGUGGCAUGGGUGGUGGUCAACAAAUGGCUGCCCCAGGCAUGUAUGGCAUGGGUGCACCUCCUCCUCUCGGUUACUACGGCGCUCCUCAGCCAAUGAACCAGUUCACCGAUCCUAACAACACCACUGUCUUCGUCGGAGGACUGUCAGGUUAUGUCACUGAGGAUGAGCUUCGCAGCUUCUUCCAAGGCUUUGGUGAGAUCACCUACGUCAAGAUUCCACCUGGAAAGGGUUGUGGUUUCGUUCAGUUCGUUCAACGCCACGCUGCCGAGAUGGCCAUCAACCAAAUGCAAGGCUACCCAAUCGGUAACUCUCGUGUUCGCCUCUCCUGGGGACGUUCCCAAAACAACUCUGGCCCAGCCGGCACCCCAUACCGACCUGCUCCACCCCCACCCCAAUACUCAUCCAUGGGCAUGCCACCUGCACACCCAUAUGGAAACUACCAACCUCUUCAAUAA